UUUCGUAGGUGUUCGUUUUGUGUAAGAGUGCAAAUAAUGGAAGCGGAUGAGCCGUUUGAUCGAAUUGGGAAGUCAAAGAAUGUUUCUUCGAUUGAUGCCAAUUUUCUCAGUGGUGUUGUGGAAGGUUUCUAUGGACGCCCAUGGACUCCUGAACAGCGAAAGGACUUGUUCGUCAAAAUGGGAAGAUGGGGCAUGAACGCGUACUUGUACGCGCCGAAAGAUGAUUAUAAGCAUCGGGCUUAUUGGCGAGAGCAGUACACUGUGGACGAAGCAGAGCAUUUGCGUGCACUUAUUUCUGCAGCCAAAGAACACAACAUACUUUUUAUUUAUGCCUUGUCGCCCGGCUUGGACAUCGUUUAUUCAUCUCAGAAAGAACUGGCGAUUCUCAAGCGUAAGCUGGAUCAGGUUGCUGAAUUCGGUUGCGAAGCUUUCGCUUUGCUGUUCGACGAUAUCCUAUCGGAGAUGUCUGACGGCGACAAAGAAGUGUUCCAGUCGUUCGCUCAUGCCCAAGUUUCUGUGACCAACGAGAUCUUCGAGCAUCUGGGGAGAAAGCGGUUUCUUUUUUGUCCGACUCAGUAUUCCGCUUCAAGGGCUGUGCCGGAUGUUCCCACGUCCGAAUACUUGCGUACAAUUGGGUCUAAGCUCGAAAGAAGCAUCGAUAUCAUGUGGACAGGACCUCGAGUUGUUUCAAAGGAAAUCACGGGAGAAUCGUUGGAAGAGUUGCAUCAAGUUUUCGCUCGGUAUCCUGUGAUAUGGGACAACAUUCAUGCAAAUGACUACGACCCGAAGAGGCUUUAUCUCGGUCCGUAUUGCGGACGUGCUCCGGCCGUUUUACGUCGGCUUCGUGGUGUUUUAACGAACCCAAACUGUGAAUACGAAUGCAACUUUGUGGGAAUUCACACCCUUGCUCAGUGGACCCGAUGUAGCGGUGAUGUCCGAGACGAUUGCUUAGGAGAAAUCAUGGAGCAUUUCAAGGUGACAGAGAAAAAACUACAAAUUGUGGAGUCCCGGUUAGAAACCGAAGGCGAAGAGGAGGAAUUGGGAAACCUGCCCGACUGUGUUUAUCAUCCCAGGAGAGCUUUGAGGACUGCCGUUCGGGAAUGGACAUCGGAGUUUUCUGUUCAGAAGGCAGCCCCUGGGCUUAGUUUGAACAUAGGAGUUGCGAGUGCCAAUACAGUACCUGUUCCCAUAGCUGGCAGUGUGCAAGUGCCUGUGCCCUCGAUUGCUGUUCCUACUCAAGUCGCCCUUCCGCCAGUCAAUCCUGUACUGCCAGUUGCUAACGAGCUCACUCCUGUGGAGGUGGAUGUUGCCCAAGCUGCAGUUGUGAACACAGUUGUUUCUGUACCAAUGAUGAAUUCUCUGGCGUCGUCAGACGAAGUUCUCCUGGCUCCAUUGCCGCCUCCACCGUCGCUGGUUCCGGUCUGCAUGCCUCCUUCCUUGCCAGUACAUAACGGAAUGGAAGCGAAGGAUGAGGAGAUGGUAGACUUGAACACGACGAUGAAGGACGGAAUGACGGAAGAUGAAGUUCGGUUGCUGGUUGACGCAUUUUACUUGCCACACGAACACGGUCCGCUUGGAAUCAAGUUCUUGUCUGAGUUUCAUUGGCUGAAGACGAAUGCGAAUCUGGCGAUGGAGGCGAGGACUUGGCAAGCGUUACGUGAUCGUGGUGUUCAUGGGGCUGUGAAACCUGAAGCGCAAGAAUGGCUUGAACGCGCUGAAAACUUUGGAAGGAUGACCGAGCGCAUGAAUCAUUUAUUACGCAAAAUUCGAAGUAUUCCAAACAAAUCUCUCGUCCAUGCUUUGUAUCCUUACAUUUGGGACAUGCGAGGGAUUUUAUCUUUGCUGAACGCUUAUAUUAUGUGGCUUGGUACAAUCCCUUUGCCUGAAAAUUUUAUAAAUUUUGUGACCGGAGUUCAUACGUGGUUUGCCAAGGGAUGGAAGGACGCUUUCACGGGUGGGGAUCAGGAGCCGUGGGUAUUUCGUGGUGGACUCACUGGAGAUCUUCAGGUGAGAUUGAUUCCUGUCGACUCUCCAAACGAGUUGUUCGUGUACCCUGUGCCGGACUUGCCUGGAACGAAGAUCUACUCUGUUAGGCCGUAUAGAAGUAGCGACGAAGUGGGAGUGUACAAUGUUUGUCGGUUGACAUGCAGCGAUGGUCACGAAAUGCCCGAAGUGUUCAAGGAAUUCCCAGAUGUGCUCCCGGAUAAGCUGAUCGGGGGAUUUUUAGCCCUGUGUUCCGAAAUGUGUUUCGUCGCUGAAUCUGAGGACGGAGAAAUAGUGGGAUUCCUCGCCGGCGCCGCCGACUAUGACGCAUUCCGCGCGAAACUCGAGUCAUCUUGGGUACCCCGACUUCGCCAGAAGUACCCCAGGAAAAUCCCGCAGGACGUUUGCGCUCGUUAUUCCGGAGGAACAGAGUCGAUGCCGGUGGAUGACGAUGACAAGGUGAACGGGGUGGAGGAAGACUUGAUGCUUGCCCCGCUGGAGGAAAGUCUGGAGCAGUUACACGCUGAUGACUCUUGUUGCGCACCCAAUGUGCCGAGACCCGUGUUGUCCUUGCACCCGGCCACCGUGAGAGCUGGUGUCCUGUCUUCCGUGAUAGACAUGUCGUUGCCGAAGAAGCUCGUGACGUGUGUGAUGGCUGCGCUGAGAUCGAAUGGAGUCUUCGGUUCUUUUGCGGAGUUGGCUCGAGAAGAUGCCCGUCAGCGGGAAUUCUACCUAAAGCUCGGCUUUCAAGAAAUUCGUGCCCCGGGUCUCCAAGUCGGGUCGCAUGAUUGA